AUGUGGACAGGUUAUGGAAGGAUGAUGUUUUGGUUGACGGUUAUCUGGAGUGGCGCCACUUUGUGGUGGAGGACACCUUGAAGAUGAUCGAUGAGUCUUAAGUGGAGAAAAGAUUUCAAACUGAAUGGUGGAUUGACCUUUGCUUUUACAGGGAUUUUUUUAUUUUUUUUACAGGGAUACAUAAUAAUGAAUAUAUAGCUCCAACAAAGAACAGUAGAAUAGCUUGGCUAGGACACAUACCCUGUUAUUGUGCAUUCUGCAAAUUGCUCACAAACUUCCACUGGUUGAACAUGAUGGUGUUGAUAAGAUGUUUCCCGCUUUGAAAUUUCUUUUUGUAAUGAAUAGCGCUAUAUAAGUAUAAUAUGUAAGAAUAAUGUAUUAUUAUUAUUAUAGACAGCAUUGAUAGUCCGGUUUGAUUCAUUUUUUAAUAUCCCUUUGUCUUCCAGACAUCAUGAAAGCUCUGUUCAAAAGUCUCUAUUUGAGUCUGGCAUGCAUUAUCUCCACCGCUAUGAUAAAGAAGGCAACAAACUGUAUGUAUUUAAUAAUAAUUAAACACUGGCAAUCAAGAAGGUUCUGUUGUGAAAAUGUUGUUUCUGAGACCUAAUUUAUGGCCACCCUCAUCAUUUUAUCGCUUGUAAAAGCCUCAUCCUCUUUGGGGUGCUGUGAUAAUUUUUCUAUGCAUCUCACUAUUCAGAUUGUAGUUUCCUGAUUUAGGUGCACACACAAUUCAAGUUAGGAUUGAGAUUGGCAAUCUUUAAUUUUUGUAUGGUGGAUUACAGUUUGUCUUUUUGAGCUAUUUGGGUAUCUGCCUUGAAGGCCACUGAGGUUUACACGUAUGUUGUUUGCUCAGUCUGGUUCAGGGUUAAGUUGCACGGAGAAGAAAAGGUACGUGGCCUUCUGGUUGGAGAGCUACGCCCGGCGGGAACCAGGGAUUCCCCUCACCGUGAUCUUUGACAUGUCCGAAGCGGGUCUAAACUGUGUUCCAAAAUGCUCAUGUACGAGAUGCCAUGGAUCAUGAAUGCGGCAUUGAAAAUAGUGAAGGACAUGCUCAGUCAAGACGCCAUCGACAAGCUGAAGUUUGUGUCCAAGAGUGACAUCCAGAUCUAUGUUGAUGAGGAGCACCUCGCGUUCUACAUGGGAGGAACUGACCCAUUCAAAUUCAGUUACCCACCGUUGCCUGAUGACGUCUUCCAGAACCCCAUAUCAGAGACUGGACAAGAGGAUGACACUGAGUCAAAGGAUGAUGACCUGGAGGCCAAGGACACCCUGGAGCCGAGCUCUCCUACACUCAGAACCAGAAAUGUAUACUUGGCAGAGGAUGGGGACAAUGAUGGCUCCAUCAGAUGGAAAGGAUCCCGUAGGCCAACCGUCACUUUCAAAGGCACCUUACUCUAUAUCAGUCCUGAUGAUGAGUUGUGCUUUGGGCACAGAGAGGGUGAGAAGAGAUGUCUGAUCAUGCUUAAUAAUGUCACCAAAAACCAAGUGACCUUCAAGGUGCGGACCACAGCCCCAGAGAAGUACAGGGUGAAGCCAAGCAGUAGCAGUUGUGGGGCGGGCGAGAGUAUGGAAAUCACUGUGUCCCUGCAUGGAGGGUUCCUGUGUUCUCCUCAGGAUCGCUUCUUAGUCAUGGCUGCUGAGAUGGAGCCAAGUAGCGGUGGGGGGAGCACAGAACUCGCCCAUUUCUGGAAGGGCGUUCCAAAGGCUAAAAUAAUGGAGCACAGGCUGCGGUGUCGCAUGCUGGAGGGCAUCAAGUCAGCACUUAGCCCUUUGACUGACAGGUCUCACAAAAUGGAGACCAAUGGCUACCAAGACAUGCACACCACGAUGGCCAACAGCUCCAGGCUGGAACAGAAGAUGGACCGCUGCCUGUGGUGGCAGAAGCUCUUGACUGUACUGGUGACUGCACUGACGGCCUUGCGUUUCUCCACGCUCUACAUACAGUACACUGGGGAGUGGCCAUUUUGA